UUUUCACCUCAGCUAAAUAUUUCUCUGACAUUUGUUUGACUCUCAUCUAUCAAGAUGGAGCUGUACAUAAUCAUUCUCACCCUUACUGUUGUUCUUUCAACUGAUGCUGAAUUGUUACAUGAAUAUUUUGGAAUUCAUGGAUGCUCUGAGACAGAUGGAGAGGAUAUGCAUGGAAUUGAUGGAGAGGAAAUGUGGCAUGCCGACUAUAAUCAGAAGAGAGGAGUAGUAACAUUACCUGAUUUUGGAAAUCCUAUAGUAUUUCCUGGUUAUUAUGAAACCAGUGUUAUUGAAAUGAAAGGAUGCAAAAGUGAUGUAGCCACUUUGACUAACAUUUUCAAGAGCCCACCACCAGAAAUGGAUGCACCCCAAACAUCCAUCUAUCCAAAGGAUGAUGUGCAGCUGGGUGUUCAGAACACCCUUGUCUGUCAUGUGACUGGCUUCUAUCCUCCAUCUCUCAGCAUCUCAUGGACUAAGAAUAAUGUUAAUGUGACAGAGGGCAUGAGUUUAAGCCAGUACCGCCCAAAGGCAGAUGGUACCUUCAACGCCUUCUCUACUUUUAGGUUUACACCUACUGAAGGAGACAUUUACAGCUGCACGGUGAACCACAUAGCCCUCCAGGGUCAACCUCAGACCAAAACAUGGGAUGUUGAUGUCGCCCUCCCAAGUGUUGGUCCAGCAGUGUUCUGUGGAGUGGGUCUAACUCUUGGACUGUUGGGAGUCGCAGUUGGAACUUUCUUCCUCAUUAAAGGAAACAACUGCAACUGACCUGGAAGCUAACAAUAUCUCUUAAUGGAACUGGCCAAUUAGACAACUAGUAAUGUGUGCCAUUCUCGUGAUGUCAUAUUUGACAUUAAAGGUAUAAAUAUAUAAAUUAAUACAUCUGGAGUCAAUAUGUUCUAGCAUUCUAUUGGUUCAUCAAAGCAUAGCCAACUUUUAACACAGACAUGCUUAUAUUAAAAGUCUACAACCCUUUUAAAUAAAUAUAUUUUCUUAAACAUCAUAUUUGCAGUUCAUAUGCUAAUUAUGCAUAACUUCAUUAAAUAAUUAAAUAUUUGUAAUAAUUGUAACACUUUUUUUUUUAAAAAGGUGGCACCACUUUUUUAAGGGGGCACACAAAAAACUGUUCAAGGACUUGAUGCCCUAGUAACAGCCCUGUGCAAUUCAAUCCCUGAUAUAAAAUAUAUUUGCAACUGAACUGCUAGUGAUUGCCCUGCAUUUUCACGUAUGGAAAACAACUUGUUUUUCAUGAACCUCCACUACAAUAUUCUGCUAUAAUGCGAGUUUCUACCAAUCACAAGUAAUAGGAAUGCAACGUUGGGCUGACUCUCCCCAGUACACUUAAUUGAUUCUCAGUACUGCAUGUCAUUACCUGGAUAAUCUAUGGCUGUUUUUAUGAUUUGUUUUUAUGAUAAGUCCUGUGUUUGUCCGUCAUGUUCAGCCAACAGUUCUUCAGAAAAUUCUUCCAGGUCCAGCACAUUCUUUGGUUUUCCAGCAUCUUCUGCCUAUUUUAACACUUUCCAGCAGUGACUGUAUGAUUUUUGAGAUCUAUAUUUUCACACUGUGACAACUAUUAGGCAAAUGGUGAAAACAUUUACUGAUGCUCCAGAAGGAAAUACAAUAUGUUAAAAUUAAGGGGGUGUAAACAUUUGCACAUGAUGAUUGAGCGGUAAAUUGUUCUUAUUUUGUCUUUUGGAAAAUAUGCAAGUAUUUUAUGUAACUUCUGCAGGGUACUAAAAAAAAAAAAGAUCUUUAAAUAAAAUUUGUAGAAUUCUUUAAAUAGAAUAACAAUUUCCAGUCAUCCUGUUCAAAUGUUUACGCCCACCAGCUCGCUCUUAAUGUGUUGUGUUGCCUUGAGCAUCACUGAACGUUUGCAUCCAGGUAACCACACACUAUUAAGAAUUAAGAAUCAAGCAUAUGUAAACAUUUGAACUUGAUCUUUUGUAUAAAUUCAGUUAUUAUUAUGUCUUGUGGUCUAUAUGUAAACAAACAUCAUGUGACUUGAACUGUACAUAUUUAAAGUUCCUCUCAAAAUUACCUUUGGUGCAAUAAACAAUCCUAAGCAGUUUU